CCGCCUCUAGCAGUUGCGUACCGCAGAAGCCGGCAAUGCGUGCCACACUGUGCUUUGUUGCCGCCCUGCUGGGUGCGGUCAGCGCCCAGUGGGAGCCCAACGUCGUCGACGGCCGGUCGGCCAUGGUCCACCUGUUCGAGUGGAAGUGGGUGGACAUCGCGUCAGAAUGCGAGAACUUCCUGUCGGCCAGGGGCUACGGCGGCGUUCAGGUAUCCCCGCCCAACGAGUACAUGGCCAUCACCAGCAGCAACAGGCCAUGGUGGGAGCGCUACCAACCUGUCUCCUACAGGAUUGUCAGCCGCUCCGGAUCCGAGGCCGAGUUCGGCGACAUGGUCAGCCGCUGCAACAAUGUCGGAGUUCGAAUCUACGUGGACGCUGUCAUCAAUCACAUGAGUGCCUCAUGGGACGGUCUGAGCGGCGUUGGCGGCAGCAAACCUAGUGGAUACAACUACCCAGACGUCCCAUACACGCAAUCUGAUUUCCAUUACCCACCGUGUACCGUGAACAACUACCAAGACGCUACCAACGUACGUAACUGUGAACUUUCUGGACUCCACGAUCUGAAUGACGGAUCUGAGUCUGUGCGUGGAAAGAUUGCCGCCUACAUGAACACUCUCAUCGGCAAGGGAGUUGCUGGUUUCAGAAUUGACGCAGCUAAGCACAUGUGGCCCGACAACCUGGCCAUGAUCUACAGCCAGCUGAGCGAUCUGGACAGUGGUGUAUUUGGAAGCGGGAAGAGACCUUUCAUCUACCAGGAGGUCAUUGAUCCUGGCACUGAAGCGGUCAAGAAAUCUGAAUAUGUCGGCCUUGGAAGAGUGUGCGAAUUCCAGUAUGGAACCGAGCUAGCAAACUGCUUUAACAGACAAAACCAGCUGAAGUGGCUAGUCAACUUCGGUGAAUCCUGGGGUCUAGUAGCCGGAACCAGUGCCCUUGUGUUCAUCGAUAACCACGACAACCAGAGAGGUCACGGAGGUGGUGGCAGCGUCAUCACUUUCCAAACCCCUAAGCUGUACAAGAUGGCGAACGCCUUCAUGUUGGCGUGGCCGUUCGGCUUCCCACGAGUGAUGUCCAGCUACGAAUUCAGCACCUCAGAUGACGGACCCCCACAGGACAGCAACCAGGCCAUCAUCACUCCCACCAUCAACUCUGACGGCUCCUGCGCCCGCCCGUGGGUGUGUGAGCACCGCUGGAGGCAGAUAUACAACAUGGUCGGCUUCAGGAAUGUCGCUGGAACUACCGAGGUUGCCAACUGGUGGGACAAUGACAACUACCAGAUAGCCUUCUCUCGAGGCACUGUAGGCUUCAUUGCCAUCAACAACGAGGCCAGUGCGGACCUGAAGCAAACUCUACAGACUGGUCUUGCGGGAGGCACCUACUGUGACGUCAUUUCUGGUGAGGUGAGCGGCAGCAGCUGCACAGGCAAGUCAGUCACCGUGAACUCCGACGGAACCGCCUACAUCGAGAUCCUGGUCUCGGAAGACGACGGCGUUCUCGCCAUCCACACUGGUUCAAAGGUCGCGUAAACAUCUCCAGCGGAAACUGUGGAUCGAAUAGACAUGUGCUGCGUCAUCGCUGAGAGACUGAAGAGACUUUGUGCCACUAGUAACUUGCAUAAAUUGUAUUACUUUUAUAGAUUCUCUGGCUGAUGUAACAUGACACUUUGAACUCAGUAAUAAAUUUUUUUUUCUGUUUGUUGCUUGUAACACGUAA